AUUAAAAAACAAAUAAAAAAGAAUCCAAUUUCAAACCGUCAAACAUUUUUCAGACUCCACAUUCUUGCUACCUCUUUACUACACUAAAAAAAAGUUCUAUACAGAUUACAAACAAGCUUCCCCCCUCAAACAAUGGAGGGAAGAGUAGCAGUAACAGGAGGGAAGGAGAGAGAAAAAAUGGAGGAACAAUGGAGAUUAUAUGAAGCAUACAACGAACUUCAUGGUUUAGCACAAGAAUUCUCGACCCCAUUUGAAGCUCCUGCAAUUCUUGUUGUGGGUCAUCAGACGGAUGGAAAGAGCGCUUUGGUUGAAGCUUUAAUGGGUUUUCAAUUCAACCAUGUUGGUGGUGGGACCAAGACACGAAGACCCAUUACUCUACACAUGAAGUAUAACCCUGAUUGUGAAUCCCCACUUUGUUUCCUCGUCAAUGAUUCUGAUUCUAUUGUUGUUGAACACAAAUCCCUCGAAGAAAUUCAGGCAUUCAUUGAAGCUGAGAACAUGAGGCUGGAGAGUGAGCCGUGCCAGUUCUCCUCUAAAGAGAUUAUUAUUAAAGUUGAAUAUAAAUACUGUCCGAACCUCACCAUCAUAGACACUCCAGGUCUCAUUGCUCCUGCUCCAGCUCGAAAGAUUUAUUCGUUGCAGGCUCAAGCUGCAGCUGUUGAGUCACUGGUACGAGCUAAAAUGCAACACAAGGAGUUCAUAAUAUUAUGCCUUGAAGACUGCAGUGAUUGGAGCAUUGCGACUACGAGAAGGGUGGUAAUGCAAGUUGAUCCAGAGCUUUCAAGGACUGUAAUUGUAUCAACAAAGCUUGAUACAAAAAUACCGCAGUUUGCACGUGCUUCUGAUGUUGAGGUUUUCCUCUCUCCACCAGCUUGUACCCUAGAUGGUUUCAUAUUGGGUGACUCUCCAUUUUUCACAUCAGUACCUUCUGGGAGAGUUGGUUCAUCCCCCGAUUCUGUUUACAGAUCAAAUGACGAGUUUAAGAAGGCUAUUUGCUUCAGAGAGGUGGAAGAUAUUUCGUCUUUGGAGGAGAAACUAGGAAGGCCACUGUCAAAGCAAGAAAGGAGCAGAAUAGGUAUAAGCAGCCUGAGGCUGUUUUUAGAAGAGUUGCUACAGAAGAGAUACAUAAAUAGUGUUCCUCUGAUCAUUCCACUUCUUGAGAAAGAGCAUCGGAAUACAACACGAAACCUGAAUGAAAUUGAUGAAGAAUUCAGUAUGUUGAAUGAAUUGAAGUUAAAGGAGAAAGGAAGACACUUUCAUGAUCAGUUCCUUACAAAGUUAUCUUUGCUAUUGAAAGGAUCCAUUGUAGCUCCACCAGAUAAGUUUGGGGAGACACUCCAGGAUGAAAGAGUGAAUGGAGGAGCGUUCACUGGUCCUGAUGGUCUUCAUUUCCCGCCGAAGUUAAUACCUAAUGCAGGAAUGCGUCUUUACGGAGGUGCGCAAUAUCAUCGUGCUAUGGCUGAAUUCCGCUUUGUGGUAGGAGGAACUAAAUGUCCCCAAAUCACACGUGAAGAAAUUAUUAAUGCUUGUGGAGUUGAAGAUAUUCAUGAUGGAACAAACUAUUCAAGGACAGCGUGCGUGAUAGCUGUUUCCAAGGCUCGUGACACAUUUGAACCUUUUCUUCAUCAGUUGGGCCAUAGACUCUUGCACAUUCUCAAGAGAUUGCUUCCUAUUUGUAUCUACCUUCUACAGAAAGAUGGUGAGUAUUUGAGCCGCAAUGAUGUGUUUCUGGGUCGUGUUGAUUCAGCCUUCAACAAUUUUGCAGAAUGUACUGAAAAAUCAUGCCGAGAAAAGUGUAUGGAAGAUCUGGUGAGCACAACCCGCUAUGUUUCUUGGUCUCUUCAUAACAAGAAUCGAGCUGGUUUACGUCAUUUUUUGGAUUCUUUUGGGGCAAGUGCUACAGAUGCUUCUGUUCUUGGUGACUCAACACUAAAAGAAAAGCCAGAAAACCCGCCAAAAAUGGCAGCAAAAUCAAGUCAGUUGGCCUCAGGUACGGACUCCAAUGGCUCUGCGCAGCUUACAGAAACAAGAUUAGCUGAUCUACUGGAUAACACCCUCUGGAACCGGAGACUUGCUCCUUCAUCUGAGAGGAUUGUCUAUGCUCUUGUACAACAAAUAUUUCAUGGGAUUAAAGAGUACUUCUUGGCAUCUGCAGAGUUAAAGUUCAAUUGCUUUCUGUUAAUGCCAAUAGUAGACAAGCUACCUGAACGUUUACGUGAAGACUUGUCUAAAUUUGAAGACGACGUGAAUAGCAUGUUUGACGUUGCUAGUUUGAGAAACUCUUUGGAGCAGCGUAAGCGAGACAUGGAGAUUGAACUGAAACGAAUUCAGAGGCUUAAAGACAAAUUUAAACAACUUCAUUUACCAUGAAACAAAGUAUGUGCCGUAGAUUUCUUUUGAUGCAAUGUAUUUUAUUCUUUGGUGCUCAAAUACCAUCUCUAAAAUUCUACUGAAAUACCGUGUGACUAAAUGAUCUUUUGUUGUAUAAAUAAAAAGCUUAAUGCAUACGUUUAUUUGGUCAUUGUUAAA